CACAUUUGAACAAAAUUUAUACAGCAAUUUGCGACUUGCAACUCUUGCAAGUGUAAAACUAGAAACAUUGCAUUCAUUGUCUAAAUUGAAUGAUUUCAAAGCCAGAGUAAAUAUAUUUUUUAGUUUCUGAAGCAUAAUUGUUUAAAGAUAUAUCGUCUUUCAAUGUUGGAAUUGUCAAUUUUGAUUGAAGUUGAAAAUUUUAUAUUUUUUCAAACUCUGUAAACACUAAAUAGGAUAUGAGGGUUUUGUACAAUGUAAAUUCUGAGCUGCGUUGUAGAAUUCAUUUUCCAGACGGAAGGGAAUGGAAAGAGGGAGAGAAUCCAGAAAGCAAAAUCACCUGUUUUUCAUUUUUCUACUCUGCUAAGACUGUAUUAAUUUAUAAUUUGAUAAAUUAAAUAAAUAACUGAUGUGGAGCAUGCUAAGUUAGCAAUAAUUAAUUAAUGUGAAACCGAAACUGGAAUUUAUAUGUGCCAGGAGUGACUGAUAGCUAAAAAAGAACCGGUUUUGUAUUAAAACGACCUUGACUUUGGUCGGGUAGUUAGUUAGUUAUCUUAUAGUUAAUUAAUUGUGGAUAUUCUUUGGAGUGGAAUUUUGCUAGUGUUGGCUGCAAAAAUUAGUGGUGAGGUGGAUAUUUCUGUGGAAUUAAAUCAGUUGGAGAAAGAUACAGUUGGAUUUAGAUUACGGUAUACUGUGAUUAAUUAAGACUUAUCCACCGAUUCAUCGUCCUAGUGAGGAUGGAUUUGGAGGCGAAAAUUCUGGGCGAGCGGGCCGAAAAUUACUGCGACAGUGAUGAAGGGGAGCAUGAAGAGGAUCGCGGCGCGGGUGAUCCCGCGACUACUUCCGGUCCGAAAGAAGGCGUCGUGGGGGGCGACCAAGGUCAAAUGGGUGCGCCCAAGUGGGGAGGCACGUCGCAAAACACGGGGCCGAAGGGGGUCCUCCGCGACUGGGAGUUGUACAAGGAACACCAGGAAAUUUUGCGGAGGGAGGAGGAGCAAAAUCUGAUCCGAAUGGUUAAAGAGUCCUCCUUGUCGUGCAGAACGGAGAGGGAGGAUCAACAGGCGGCCGAGAUGUUGGAAGAGAUUCAUGAAAAGAUAGCUGACGAGGUGGGGACAGACCCGGAUUUGGAGGACCUCCUCUCCGACAAGGUUCUCGAACAGUUCAUUCAGAAGCGGAUGGAAUUGAUGAGCUCGGGAGAGGGGGCCAGUGGAGCCGAUUGCUUUCCCCGUUUUGGCGUCGGACUCGUCGAAAUUGCCUCGGGCGACGAGUUCCUCCAAAUCGUGGACGGAUCCGACCCCAGAGUUCCCGUCGUGGUACACAUUUAUGACGACCAGCACCCCGAAUGUGCCCGGCUGAACGAGUGCCUCGCUUCCCUGUCCGAAUUAUAUCCCCGGGUACAAUUUUGCAAAAUGCGUGCGAGGGAGGGCGGAAUGAGCGCGGUGUUUCAGGCGAAGGGCGUUCCCGCCCUGCUAGUCUACAAGGGGGGUAGUCUCAUCGGGAACUAUGUCCGACUGGGGGACGAGUUCGGGACGGAAUUCUACGUCGGCGACGUGGAGAACUUUCUCAUCGAAAAUGGCAUGAUUGAAGACCGAGCCAACAUACCUGCGCUUCUCGCCGCGGCGAAAAAGAAGGCAAAACUUGUUAAAUAAUUAUUGUUUAAUUAUUUCGCAGGAAAUUAUUUAUGCAUCUUUUUUACCUAAAGUAAAAUCUAAAUUGGUUAAGGAUUUCGGUUACAAUUGGCGAGCUUGACCUAUGAAAUGCAACCUUUGACCUGCCCUGUUUGUGAAGAAUUCCCUGAAAUUGAGCUUCAUGUACCGUUGUUGACCUAUAACCUGUUUGUAAACCAUGAUAUCAUGUGAAUCUUUGUAACUCUGUAUGUAAAUAAGUUGUUGAAAUUUUGUCAAGUUUGUUAAAUCAUAGUAGUGAAUAGGGAAAUUCAUGUUACAAAUAUUGCAUCAUCAGGGUCAGAUUGUAUCAAUUAAGGAAAAUCAAUAUUUGUACAUAAUUAACAGAUUGUAAAAUUGUCGUUAAUGUGUCAAAUUAAUGAACAAAGAGGAAUUGUACAAAGUACACAUUUUUUACAUGAAAUAUGUAGUUGCUUGAUUUCGUAAAUCGGGUAAAACUGAUUACACAAUUACACUUACGUUUUUUUUAUUUCUCACUUGAUUUAUAUUUCGUAUGUUUCACUAAUUUCUAAUUUCAUCAUCGGUUCUGUUACUUCACAUCAUAAAAAAUGGUAGUUGACUUUGUUAACUUAGGACAAUUAUCGUUUCAUGUGUAAUUAAUUAUCAAUAAAUUAAAAUCCUUCUCCUUUAAAAUUAAUCAGUUUUAAAAUAUGGAAACAAUUUCGGAAAGUUAAAACUAUUUAAUUGAAAAGAAAUUAUUGGAAACUUAUUAUCUACAUAAUUGUUUACUUAAUAUUCAGUCAAGGAUUUGAUGACUAAAAAUGAUUUCUAUAAAUUAUGUAAGUAUUUAAUUGGAAUUAAGUAAUUAAGGAGUUGAUGAUAACUAAUUUUAAUAGUUUUCUUGCUUAUUACUGUAAUAUCAUUAAAUCGCUCCUUUAUUUUUUUCACUACCCUAAUUAUUGUUCUGUUUCCAUUUUCGUUCUAUUUGAGGUAAUCCACGUGAAGCUUUGUAGCUGUGUAAACUGCGUAAAAUUAGUACAGGCACCAAGAUUUUCGAAAACAAAUCUUGAAAGAAAAUUAAGUUGUAAAAUUUUCCACGGAAUGAAAUCUGUGUUUGACUUGGCUAGAUUCGUAUGUAAUUUACAAACUUUACACAGUUUACACGGUUAUAAAGAUACCUUACCAUUUUGAGUAUAGGAUUUAACAUCAUUAUCAUCUCUAUGUACUUCAUUAAUAAAUAUUCUGAAUCUUGA